UGUGCGGAAAUUCUUCACUUGUUCAAACGCAAAGUGUCCUCAGGUGUCCGGGUGACUGAUCUCAGGCAAUCCCGUCUGUGAAGAAGCCAGAUGUGGAGGUCCUGGUCUGUCAUGGUUAUGACUUGUCACCGGCUCAAAGGCUGGUUGGACAAACUGCCAAAUUGUCUGAUUGUAGUAGUGGGUGGGGGCAGUACACUUGAAUCCCAAAACAGUGCUGGAGCUACACAAUAAGGAUAUUUUGAUGGAUGUUAUUCCCCAGGUCACCUGAAGGCUGCUCUUAAGAAGCAUGGAAGCGUUGUCCAGUCACAGUGCUUACCUCCUCCAGCAGUUACAGGAGCAGAGGAUCCAGGGGCUACUCUGUGACUGCAUGCUAGUAGUCAAGGGAGUGUGCUUUAAAGCCCACAAAAACGUCCUGGCGGCAUUCAGUUCAUAUUUCAGGUCUUUGUUCCAGAAUUCGCCAAGUCAUAAGAAUGAGGUUUUUCACCUGGUCAUUCAGGAUGUGGGAGGCAUCGGCCAGAUACUGGACUAUAUGUACACCUCCCAUCUGGACGUCAACCAGGACAAUGUACAAGCGCUGAUGGACAUCGCACAGUGCUUGCAGGUCCCCAAUGUGCAGGGCAUGUGCAACGCUUUCUUGAAACCCUGCGCGCCUGUCGUCGAGGCCCCUGCUUUCCCAUUGGCUGGUGUCUUGGCCUCAGAACAUGACUGCCUCCUCGGGACAGGCCUUGCCCAAGAUGUGGACCUUCACUGCCCUUCUUCGGAGGGCCAGAAGUCAGCCUUUGGCAGCGGGGCUCUUAUGUCUCACAGUGGGAGCAGUGCCUGUGAGACUACAGCCAGCACCCAGCCAGCCCCGGAGAAGCAGUUAGUCCAUGGCUACAAGCUACGCAACUUCUACAGCAAGCAGUACUUCAAGCAGAGUGCUGCUGCGGAGACCAGCAACGCGGCGUUGAACCACGGCCCGAGUCCCCUGGUGUUGGUCGAAGAGCAGCGGUACCAGUUUGGGGUGACGCAGCCAUGCAGGAGUGUUCCUGUGUGCUCCGGCGAAACGGCUCAGUCCGACCCACCUUGUUCCCAGGCUACGCCAGUUGAGAAGGAGUGUGGUCCGACGUUGCCUGCUGAAGAGCUGUCCGCCGCCGCCAACUCUGGGGGGAAGGUCUCCCCGGUCAACAAGCCCAUGCGGCCAAAGAAGGCAGUCUACCUGAAGAAAUACAACUACCUGCGCUCUCAGAAGGCUCUAGAGGAGAUGUGCGUCGAGCCGAGGGGGGAACCGGUCAAUCACUGCUCAAAUGAGACUCCCCAUGAGGAGGUGGUGGUCCAGGGCAAGGCACUAGUAGCUCCCGUUGACUCCCUGCCUCCUGUUAACUCCCUGCCUCCUGUUGACUCCCUGCCUCCUGUUGACUGCUUGACUAGAGACGUUGAAGUGGUACCGGAGUCUGUGAUGGAUUCUCAACUUCCCAGUCCGAUACCUGUUGACCAGGAGGUGGACCCGGACCGGCCAACUGUCCGUGAGCCAACAGAACCGACGACUAAGGCGCAGUACUGCUGUGAGAUUUGUGGCAAGACCUUCAAACACCCAAGCAACCUGGAACUUCACAAGCGCUCACACACUGGGGAGAAGCCAUUCCAGUGUAAUGUUUGCGGGAAAAACUUCUCACAGGCGGGUAAUUUGCAGACCCAUUUACGACGCCAUUCUGGAGAAAAACCAUACAUCUGUGAACUCUGUGGGAAAAGCUUCGCUGCCUCGGGGGAUGUCCAGCGUCACAUUGUCAUCCACACAGGAGAGCGGCCUCACCUGUGUGACAUAUGUGGACGAGGCUUCAGCAACUUCAGUAACCUGAAGGAGCACAAGAAAACCCACAGCACAGACAGGGAGUUCACCUGCGACCAGUGUGGCAAGUCCUUCAACAUGCACAGGAAGCUGCUGAAGCACAAGAUCAGGCACUCCGGGGCGAAACCGCACACCUGCCAGACCUGUGGGAAGAGCUUCGCUGGGACAGGUGACCUGCGCCGCCACGUGCGAACCCACACCGGGGAGAGACCCUACCUCUGCAACGCCUGCGGCAAAAGCUUCACCCGCUCGGCCCUCCUGAGGAGGCACUGCAGCGGGCACUGCAAGGCUACGCCCGACGAGGCCGGCCCGGACGCGGAGGACCCAGAGCAGCCUGGCAGCAGCAGCACCGACGGGGAAGGGGGAGGCCCGUUCCACAGGCCUGCCGGCCGAAGCAAAGCCCCUGUUCCCAGGCGCCCGCCACCGGCCUUCGCCGCCCCUUCCCAGGCGCCGGCGCGCUCGAAUUCCCCGUCGACUAGCGUCCACCUCAGCCCGACAGCCUUGACGUCCUUCCCUGAGCUGCGCUCCGUCGUGCCCCGGCACCUUCUCCCCUCAACGUCCUCCCGGCAGCAGGAGAAGUGCCCUCCUCUAGCGGACUCCCUGAAACUGGGCAAACCUCACAUACCUCAGGAGGCCCUUGUGUUUGGCCCCUACGCGGAAAACGGCCCAGUGGGGGUGGAGAUGCAGCAGCUGGGGUCUGGCGCCUCGGUGGUGUCCCGGCCGUAUCUCCCCACCCCUGACAGUUACUGUGGGGCCCUCCCGGGGGCCAAUCGCGUCACUGGCCCCCCCUACAGGGCAAGUGAGGGUCCCUUUUUUUCCAGUGUCACGCUGUGGGGGCUGGCCAUGAAAACACUGCAGAAUGACACUGACAUGGAUCAGUGAGAACUGGUGCGGUUUGAGUGCAUCUAAUGUGUCUUUCCUUCUGUUUGUUAGCACUGAUUUAAAGGCAUGGUUUUAAGGGAAACCAGCACUGGGUGCCAACUGAUCUGCUUUCCUCUGUUUUGUUAUUUCACAUCAUUGUAAAUGUAGGGAAAGGGACAAGGAAUGGUGGCUGCUCUGACUUUAUUUACAACUGCCCAUGGAAUUCUCUAAGGAAGGCCGACUUCUUCACACUGACGUUAUCUGACUUGAAUUAAUAAAAUAUCUCUCAGGAAUUUUCUUUAUGAGUUGUAUAUUGUUUUAGAACAAGUUGUUAUAAAGAUGUCAAGUUUAUAUUUGUAUGAAUAACCAUGUACCGUUAUGAAAUAAAGACAAAUAUAUAUGUUGCAGGAUGUGGGGUUCUCAUGCUACAAUGGUGUGUUCGUUAUCUCGCUCAUUCCAUCUCUUGAACGAAAACCCUAUGACACAACGUAGAGAAGACGCUUUUCAUUAUGGCUUCAAUAUGUUUCUCCUUUAGUGUCUCCAACGGAGUGGCUGUGUUAUCUCUUCAGAACAUGACUUUAGUCUGCAGUCUGAGUUCCUCUGCCAUCUUGUGACACUUCCUCCAUGAUUGUCAAGUUAUGAUAACCACAACAGUGGUCUAUAAACUGAGAAUAAGCAGUGA